AUGGAUUUACCAACAGUUGAGAGUACAUUAAACGAAGAAAUAAAUGACAAUUAUGAUAAUGAUGAUGAUGAUGAAGAUGAUCUUUUUUCAAUGGCAGUCAAAGAACUAUCCGAGACGAAUCGGCAAGCAGAUGAAAUCGCACGUCAACGUUCUGAACAAUUUCAACCUCCAGUUACAAUAUCUUCAACACCUAAACCACAAUCAUUUCCUAAUUUAACAAAGAUUCCACCAUCAUCAUCGUCAAUCACGAUAUCUCGACCUAUUAUAUUACAUGGACUUCAUGCUCCAGUACAAAGUCCACCGAUUAUUCGUUUACAACGUCCGAUUACGAUCCCAUCGGGUUUAUAUACACUACCGACGACUGUGCCUCAAUUGUCACAGAAACCAUUAGCAGCACCUAUAGUAAAUUCAACGAUUGUGCGUCAAUUUAUUCCAGCAUUAAGACCGACACUUUCAGCGCCACCAGAAUUUGCACCGAAAAUUCCAGCUGAUCUUCAAACUGAAGAAGAUGAGGAAGAAGAACAAAGUGCACAAGCAGCCGAUACAUAUUCUGACUAUAUGCCACUUAAACUUCGAUUGGGUGAUCGACAUCCCGAUCCUGUUGUUGAAACUUCGUCACUUUCUUCAGUCGAAUUACCUGAUAUUACUUACCAAUUAGCGAUUCCAAAUGAGAAAAUUCAAGCAAAUACAUUAUCAGCAUUGCAAUUAGAAACAAUCGUAUACGCUUCCCAACGACAUAUGACAUUUCUCCCUGACAGUACAAGAGCUGGAUUCCUUAUCGGUACUCUAGGUGAUGGAGCUGGUGUUGGUAAAGGUCGAACCAUUGCUGGUUUAAUUUAUGAAAAUUAUCUACUUGGACGACGGAAAUCUCUCUGGUUGAGUGUUUCCAAUGACCUUAAGUAUGAUGCACAACGUGACUUAUAUGAUAUUGGUGCUCAGUUUAUCGAAGUUCAUGCACUGAAUAAAUUAAAAUAUGCUAAAAUCUCUUCUCCACAAAAUGGUGGAAUAAAGCGUGGUGUCAUUUUUGCGACUUAUUCUUCCCUGAUAAGUGAAAGUCAAAAUGCUUCCACUAAAGUUAAAUAUAAUAGUCGUCUAAAACAAUUAAUUCAAUGGCUCGGCGGCGAUGAAUUCGAUGGUGUGAUUGUCUUUGAUGAAUGUCACAAAGCGAAAAAUCUUGCGCCAAGUCCCACAGCGAAAUCGUCUAAAACCGGUCUAGCUGUUCUGGAUCUACAAGCUCGUUUACCGAAUGCGCGUAUCAUCUAUGCAUCAGCCACAGGUGCAUCGGAACCACGAAAUAUGGCCUAUAUGACAAGACUUGGUCUAUGGGGUGCAGGUACAUCAUUUGCUGAUUUCAAUCAUUUUAUUCAAGCUAUUGAACAACGCGGUGUUGGUGCUAUGGAACUUGUGGCAAUGGAUAUGAAACUUCGUGGCAUGUAUAUUGCACGACAAUUAAGUUUUUCUGGUGUACAUUUUUCUAUUCUGGAUGUUCCAUUAUCCAACGAAUAUCUACAAACAUAUGAUCGAUCCGUUCAACUAUGGAUCGAAAUCAAAGAGAAACUUUUACAAGCAUUUGAUCUAGCUGAUACAUCGAAUAUAACUCGGAAUCACGUGAUAGCACGUUAUUGGUUAAGUCAUCAACGUUAUUUCAAAUAUCUAUGUAUUGCUUGUAAAGUAUCGAAAGUAGUGGAAUUAUCUCACCAAGCGAUUCGAGACGGCAAAUGUGUUGUUAUUGGUUUACAAUCAACUGGAGAAGCGAAAACAUUGGAGCAAUUGGAAGAACUAGGCGAAUUAAACGAUUUCGUAUCGACAGCAAAAGGUGUUAUUCAAAGUUUCGUGGAAAAACAUUUUCCAACUGGUAUUGAACAACCGAAACCUGUGUCAAUCUUCGAUUUUAUUCCUAAACCUGACGAAGAAAAAGAUCGUUUGAGCAAAAAACGCAAAUCAACACAUCGUCGUACUACGAAACGAUCGAUCUCAUGUGAUUCGAAUGAGAGUUCAGAUGAUUCCGACGUUGAAUGUUAUUCAUCAUUUGUUCAAACGAAUAAACGCCGCGCAACAGGCAAACAUCGCGAUCAAAAUAAUAAUAAUCAAUUGGACGAAAUUCACAAUAGCGAUAAUGAAAAUAGCUGCGAAAGUCUAUUGAUUGAAGAUGAUUAUCCGCCACAACAACAUACAUUUGCGGAAAUUCUUGGACAGACCGAUGUCGAUGGUGGAUUGCCAGUGAAACGGAUUCAAAAGAAAGAAACUGCAACUAGUGUACAUAACUAUGAUAAACGUCGAAUGACUAACAAUGAAAUCAUUGAUGCAUUAUUCAAUAUGAAAGUAGAUUUAUUAAAUAGUAUAGAAGCACUUGGAAGAAGCUUACCGCCGAAUACCUUAGAUGAGUUGAUUGAUCAACUUGGUGGACCAUCUCAAGUGGCUGAGAUGACCGGUCGGAAAGGUCGUGUUGUUCAACAUGCCGACGGACAGAUCGGUUACGAGUCACGAUCAGAAGCUGAUGUUCCACUAGAAAUUUUGAACAUAUCUGAACGUGAACGAUUUAUGCGUGGUGAAAAACUUGUUGCGAUCAUAUCGGAAGCAGCUAGUAGCGGUAUUUCUUUACAAGCGGAUCGACGAUGUCAAAAUACUCGUCGUCGUGUUCAUGUAACACUUGAAUUACCAUGGUCAGCCGAUCGAGCGGUUCAGCAGUUUGGACGAACGCACCGAUCUAAUCAAGUUUCAGCACCUGAAUACGUUUUUGUUAUAUCCGAACUUGCAGGAGAAAAGCGUUUUGCAUCAACGGUAGCAAAGCGGUUAGAAUGUUUGGGCGCAUUGACACAUGGUGAUCGACGCGCAACUGAAACACGUGAUCUAAGUCGAUUUAAUAUCGAUAACAAAUACGGCCGACAAGCACUUGAAAAUGUGAUUCGAUCCAUCUGUAAUUUAGAACGUCCAUGGGCACCGUUUCCAAAACUAAUUGCUAACGAAACAAAACUAGAUUUUGUAACCGAAGCACGAAAGGCUUUGAUAAAUGUCGGUCUGAUAUCACGUAUGACAAGCGGUCAACAAGUUCUUUACGUUGCAGAAAAAGACUAUAACAAUAUGAGCCGAUUUCUUAAUCGCAUACUGGGAAUUCGUGUGCAAAUGCAGAAUUUGUUAUUUCGAUUUUUCUCCGAUGCACUCAAUGCUGUUGUUGUCGACGCACGACGAAGUGGUUCCUGGGAUUUAGGAAUUCUAGAUCUUGGCACAGGUGAAGAAACAGUUUCUGUCGAACAAACUCGAGUAUAUGUUUUAAAUACAGUACAAGUUAAUACCAUUCCACUUCAAGUCGAAUUACACCGAAUCGUAGUCGAACGUGGUCUAGCAUUUAGUAAAGCUGUUCAAUUGAAAGAACAGUCGUUUAACAAUGACGAUGGCUUUUACAUGGCAAAUGACGAUCGUUCACAUUGUCGUUUACCUAUACUUGCAUUGUCAACCACAUCGAAUAUGACCGUUGGAAAUAUGAGAAAAAGUGAAGUUUUAUUUCGUAUCUAUCGGCCGAAUACUGGAUUGCAACAACGACAUGAAACAUUAGAAAGUUUACGAAAAAAAUAUGAAAAAAUCACACCAUUACAAGCACAAAUGUAUUGGGAAGAAUUGUAUUAUAGAGCUGCAUCAUCAUGUAUUCAUGUCAUUCGGCAAGGGCAUUGUCCAAUUUCAGCGACGAAUGGCGAACAAAUGUGUGAAGUUGGUUCACGUACACGUCGAUUUCUCGUUCUUUCUGGUAGUGUACUUGCUCUUUGGUCACAAAUGGAACGCAUAUUACCAGAAGGAAAGAUACAAAUGAUACGAAUCAAAACGACACCCACAAAUAAUCUUAAUAAUCAAUCAAUGCCACUUAAAAUAGUCGGCUGUAUUAUUCCUCGACGCUGUUUACAUGAACUCGUACAUUUACUUGAAAAGUCAUCAGUAAAGAACUAUUUCAAAUCAGCCUAG